UCCGACGACGUCACACGAGCACACACACACACACACACACUUAGACACACACAUACACACGCCCUCUCUCUCUCUCUCUCUCUCUCUCACUCACUCUCUCUCUCUCUCGCUCUCUGCCGCUCCGUCUCUCUCACUCUCUCCCUCUCCUCUAUGCUGCUAUUCUGGGAAGUGGCGCUUGGAAUAACCCCCGUGUGCGUAUGAGUGUGUGUGUGCGUGUGUAUGUGUCUCCUGAUUUCACCCUCACACACGCACACAUACACACUCACAACACAGGCAGACGCACACAUUUACUGUCUGUCUGACUGCAGUAGUGGAGCUCCGGCAGCAGAAAUCCGGUCGGAAAGGAUUCCUUCCAUUUUUACGCGUAACUUUUCCUCCGUCGGCCGCGACGUUUCCACCGCCGCUCCUCGACUCUUGUGGAUUUCUAACAACCGUCUCCUGGCUGUUUCUAACGGACGACCAGCGAGGUGUCAAGCCCGCCCGGAAUCGGAUCUCCUGUCACCGGGUUUGCUUGUUGUCAUUUUCGCGCAGAGACGGGAGACGCGCAGCCGGAGCGCAGACAGAAGGGGCUGUGACCAGUUGAGGACUUGCUAAACUGGACCAGGGUACAAACAGUUACACCAGGUCUUCUGCCAUGGUUCCCUGUCACAGGUGUCCUCUCUCCGGUGCAGAAAUAAGGACGGCCCCGUGAGCGCGCUCUCUGUCGGGACUCCCGCUGAAAUCAAACUGAGCAUGUGCAGACCAUCAGGUCUUUUUGAGAAAACUGAAUGACUUUUGAAGCUACAGAAAGAGGAUCUGCAAGCACUUUUACCUACAGAAAAAUCACUCAAGAAUCCUUCUGCCUUUAGAUGAACUGGACAGAAAAACGACGCACAUCAACAUUAGCGUGUUUACAAAAUGGCAAAAGGGGAGAAACAUUUCUGAUGUUAUCCAUUAAAGCUCCCCUUUCGUUUCCACUUCCUAAUUCCUGUUUCCAGUCGGGCUCUACAAUCAGUCUAUUCAAGCGAUGGAUGGGUACUUCCUGUUUCUGUGAACUUGCCGGCAGCCUUCAAAGGUUCAGCGAUCAUGUCUGGUAGAUUGGGGAACUGGUAACCUUCCAGUACCCGCCCUCCCAACUCCUCCCCCUACCAUCCCCUCUCUCCUCCCUCUUCUAACCCAUAGAAGAGCUUCACGAAAAUGGAGGCUCGUGAAUCAGCUGCCGCUGGGCAGAAAUGCUCACUUAAUAGUGACCCAGUGAAGGAGAAGGCGCCGCUGCAGAGAAAGUGGGCAUCUGAGCCCUCUGCCACCACCAAACGAAGCACUUUUGCUGACCCAGAGGCAAAACACCGCGAGAGCUUGCCGUGCGGUGCCACCGGGGGAUCAGCACCUCAGCAGAAGUACGCAAUCACAGGGAAUUCUGGAAAGCUGCUAUCUGGACCCUCUGCAGUCGGGGCCAUAGGAGGCCCGCCAUCUCAAGACCCCCAAGGGCCUUUCGCUCAGGGGUUCCCAAGGGGAUACUCCUACCAGCUGGGCCAGCCAUACCCUCAGCACCCCCAAACUGAACGUUUCCUCUCAGGAGCCAAACCACAGCCAGGCCUAGAGCCUCACGCCUGGCCAUUUGCCGGCCAGUUGCCCUCAGAUGACUUAUACCCUGUAGGACACCCGGGACAUACUCACCCUCAUGGGGGUGGGGCAGGGAGGUUUCCCCGACAGAAAUCUCCCAGUUUACCCAGCUCCUUUGGACAGUAUUCUCAGUCAGGCCCCGAGCCUGGAGAGGAAGGCUACAGCAAAAAAGAGCAGAAGCCGAAAAAGCCCGGUAAGUACAUCUGUCACUACUGCGGACGAGCCUGCGCCAAGCCCAGCGUCCUGAAGAAGCACAUCCGUUCACACACCGGGGAAAGGCCAUAUCCUUGUGUGCCCUGUGGCUUUUCCUUCAAAACCAAGAGCAACCUUUACAAGCAUCGCAAGUCCCACGCUCACGCCAUCAAGGCUGGACUCGUACCAUUUUCAGAGCUAGCUGUGGCCCGCAGUGGGGACUUGGACCAGGCAUCACCCGUGGGUGAGGCUGAGGUCCACUCAGACGGAGAGCAGAGCACCGACACAGAUGAGGAAGGUGUGGAGGGCUCCACCAUGCUGACGGACAAAGACAGCCCCAUCCCGCAGAUCUCCUUUGAAGCUGACAAGAAUACAGGUGGUGUGGAACCAGCAUAUGCAGAUUCAGCUGAAGAGCUGCCUGUGGGACCCAUGAAAGUGCCUAUCCUUAUCGUCCCCAAGCCUGGGGGAGUCCCCUCCACAGGGAUGGAGUGCCCACCCUUUCAGGACAUAAAGGGGUCUCAUCACAUGUUGGCAUCGCAGGCUGGCGCCAGAGCGCAUUCACUGGACGACUCGCCCACCAUCAAACAGCGUUUGGCCCUGAGGCUGAAUGAGAAAAAAGGCCACGACACUGACUCUGCCAUGUCCCAGUCCCUGAACCUCCUCAGUCCUCACAGUAAAGGCAGCACAGACUCUGGCUACUUUUCACGCUCCGAGAGUGCGGAGCAGCAGAUCAGCCCUCCGAAUACUAAUGUCAAGACGUACGAAGAGAUUAUGUUUGGUCGGACUUGGUACUACCGACCCAACUCCAGAUCCAGACAGUCUAUCACAGUGGGCAUGGCGGGGGCAGACCCAGGCAGCCUGGCUAGCUUAAAGCAAUCAGGUGCUAUUCUGGACAUGGGGAAGAUAGCUGAGGAUCGUAUCUGUUUCGGAGGGGAUGUAGGAAUCUCUGGGGAUCCUAAGCACUAUCCAACAGGACCCUGUCAGAGCAGCACAGGGCUUCUGGAGCCUCCAUCAGAUUCUGGGCCCCUGAUUAGGAGUAACUCCAUGCCAACCUCCUCCCCUCCUAACCUCAGCGUGCCCCCGGGGAUUCGGGGCAGCCACUCCUUUGAUGAGAUGAUGACGUCGGACGAUGUGUUUUACCCACAAGGGCUUCGCAGACUCAGAAGACAGGCUGCGUUUGAACAUUCAGCCAAUGAAGCCCAUGGAGGAGAGGCUGAGGGCUAUGGACACAUGCCUAAGAAUUUAGCUUCAUCUCUGGGUAUGAAGAUCAGCGAGCACAGCCCAGGACUCCCAGAGCACAUUGCCUACAGCCCAUACGGUACUAAAGUUAGCACGACAGAAACAACCACAAGAAAAAGGAGGAAAGAGAAGAGUGUUGGGGAUGAGGAGGACAGCCCUGGACACUGUGACAGCAGCUGCAGUGGUUCAGUGGAGAUGAUAGGGGACUAUGAGUUUAAACAAAGUAGUUUUGAUGGGUCGAGAGCCACCCCAACAGGGAAGGGCUCUCUUCAUAGCGCUCACAGCCAGUCUGACAGCUUUGACACCUGUGCCAGCAUGUGCUCUGAGGACAUUGCAUUGUUUCCUGACUCUGAGGGCAGGAAGGCAGCUGGUAAUGUCAUAUCAGUCAUCCAACACACCAACUCCCUCAGCCGGCCAAAUUCCUUUGAGAAGUCAGAGUCCUUUGAGCAGCCAGGAUAUCAGCCUUCAGAUAAAGGUCCACCUAGCCAGUACUCUGAGCAGUCCGACACCGAGAUCUUUGAAGAUGCUCUGAGUCCUGAAUCUGCCCUGCUGAGGACAGAGAGCAUGGAGCAGCAGCUGCAGAGUGACAGCGACCUUGCCUCGCUUUCGUCUUCGUCAGCUGCAGCCUCACCGGGCCAGCCUUACCACAUCCCACACAAGCUAGUCCGACAACCCAACAUCCAGGUUCCUGAGAUCAGGGUGACGGAGGAGCCAGACAAACCUGAGAAAGAUACAGAAGCUCCGAUGACCAAGGAGCCAGAGAAGCAGCAGCAGCAUGUCGAGGAGUUUCAGCUGCCACAGAGGAGCGACACGCUCUCCCAGAUGCCAUCGGAAAAACUCCCGCCCAAGAAGAAGAGGCUGCGUCUUACGGACAUGGAGCACUCGUCCGGGGAAUCGAGCUUUGAGUCAACCUGCACCAGCCUUUCUCGCAGUCCCAGUCAGGAGAGCAACCUGUCCCACUCCUCUUCCUUCUCCAUGUCCUUCGACAGAGAUGAAGGCCUCAAGUCUGUCUCUCCCACCAAACAGGAUGACUCGUCAGCCUCCGGUGGUGGAGCUAAACAGUCGGAGUUCCUGACGGUGCCUGGCAGUGGUCAUUCCAGCCACCACCAGCAGAGAGAGAUGAGGAGGUCUUCAUCGGAGCAGGCACCGUGCACGCUGCCCACAGAGUUGCCUGAAAUGCGCAGCAAAUCCUUCGACUAUGGAAGCUUGUCCUCGUCUAGACAGGGAGAGCUGUACUCCAGUGCCUCUGCGAUGAAGGAACGCCGGCGUGGAUAUCUUGUCCGACAGGCUUCACUGAGUGUUUAUCCAGAGGCCGUCACUCAGGAACCAGGGGGCUCUGAGAUGUCAAUCAAGCAGGAGAGUUUGGAACAUGGGGCAUGGCCUGGACCGACAGGAUCCCCCCACAGCAGCAGCGAUGUAGCCAGCAGAACCAAGAGAGUUGGCAGUAGCACGGGUGGUAUAGGAUCUCACCAACACCAGCACCACCAGCAUCUCCUUCAGCAGAGUAUAAGUGAGGACAGCCUGCAGGAUGAACCACUCUAUGGCAGGUCGCAGCAGCAUCGUCUGCAGACCCAGGGCUCAUCAUCUGAGGGAGAACAUCCAGGUCAUGAGGUCAUGAACAAGGACGUAAUCCAGCAAUACCAGAGCGGUCCCCCCUACCUUUCUUUCCAGCAGCCAGGUCUCUUCUGGAGUCAGGAGGCCGGACAGACGACCAGGCAGCAGCUGACCCAGCAGCAACUCCAGAAACUCCACAUCAGGUCGCCAGGCGCCCUGCCCGGAAACCCGCCACACAAACAGCAGCCACUCCACUCCCUGCAGCAAAUCCAUGAUCAACAGCCACAUGAUGGAAAAUCAGAAAAUCUGAGCUCUCAGAUGUACCCUGCCUCUUUCUCGUCUCGCACCUCCCCUCUGUCCCAGCAGCAUCAAAGCUUUGGCUCUCUCUCCUCCAAGCUCUCCUUGCCCAGCUCCACCAACGCCUCCAUGCUUCUGCAGCAGAUCCAACCCGUCUUUGCCACCCAGAACCUGGGAUCCCAAGCCUCUCUGCCUGGUAUGCUGGUUCCUGUGCGGAUCCAAACCAAUGUGCCAUCAUUUGGUAGUGUUAUGUACACCAGUGUUAGUCAGCUGAUAGCUACCCAUGGCAGUGCAGCACAGGGGGUAGGCUUAGCAAGGCCGGGCGGUGCUGACAGCAGCAACAUGUCUCCUCCGGUUGGUGUUGCGAGCAUCAGCAAACCACCUGGAGGAAUCGGAGGAGGCAUAAGUGGAACAGGUUUCAACCUCUCACACUUCCUGGGACAAACCGAUAGCACGGUGCUGCGCUACCCGCUGUGGAAGGUUCCAGAUUCACUGCCAGAGCAACGCCUGAACACAGGGAUCCCAUUGUCACUAACGUCGGGCACCAUAUCCACCACAGAUGCCUCGGGGUCUGGCAUCGGCGGCAGCAAGCGCAUGCUCUCCCCCGCCAGCUCUCUGGAGCUCUUCAUCGAGACUAAGCAGCAGAAAAGAGUGAAGGAGGAGAGGAUGUAUGGACAGAUUGUUAAGGAGAUGAGCGCCGUGGAGCUGAGUGGAACUGAGAGCAGUAACAAGCCUGAGAAGGGACAUGGCCGAGGUCAGCGUCCCCGUCUGAAGAGCGAAGGCUCCAUGGAUGAUUCUGAAAGGAUGUCCUCUUCUCCACCGCUAAGCGACUUCCCUGUUGCCACUAAGAUUGCCAUUCCUGUCCGUUCCUCUGCCCCCCACCUCCCUGAUGUACCCCGGGCGGAGAGCUUCACCCCUCCUCUCCAGAUUGUCACAGACCGUUCGCCGGUUUCAGGUGGACGGGACUCACCAGAGGAGCUAGACGUGGACGAUUCAGCUCCAGAGCCCAACUUUAGCCCCCAGUCUAUGGUCUCCUCUAACGACGCAGAAGAUACUGACAAAACAAAGCAGCCUGCACCCGGUAAAGUCAACAUGCUGGUUCAGCUCGCUGCUAACCAGAGCGCAGGAUUAUCCGGGACAGUGGGCCAGACUCUGCUGCUCACGGAUGUGGCUGAUGUUCAGCAGUUUUUCCAGUUCCCUAGCUUGCGCACCAUGAGCAGAGUCAGCUGGUGUUUCCUGAAAUACACCAAACCCAACAGCAUCCAGGCUGCUUUGCGAAGCUCCGUCUACAGUUCAUGGUGUGUUAACUCAUACAAUCCCAAUCCUCUGAACCUCAGCACCAAGGCUGCGCUGGCUCUGCUGAGGUCCAAACAGAGGAGAAACACCGACUCGAUGUACACAACAGCAGCCAUGUCACCGCCCAGCUCUGGAAAACUGGUGUCAUCUGUGGCCUGGAAGCUGAGGUUUGAUCAGUUGAAACCGGAGCUGAUGCCUGUUGAUGUCAGUAACUUCGGGAGGAAGAUGAAGGGAGUCGUGUCGUGGGACCGCUCGAAGGAGGAGCAGAUAGAGAAGGAGGUCUCGGUCAAGCAGCCCGCCACUGAGCCGACCCGCAUCAAGAUCUUCGAAGGCGGGUACAAAUCCAACGAGGACUACGUUUACGUUCGCGGCCGCGGUCGAGGGAAAUACAUCUGCGAGGAAUGCGGCAUCCGCUGUAAGAAACCCAGCAUGCUGAAGAAACACAUCCGAACACACACCGACGUCCGGCCAUAUGUCUGCAAGUUCUGCAACUUUGCCUUCAAGACGAAAGGAAACCUGACAAAGCACAUGAAGUCUAAGGCUCAUAUGAAAAAGUGUCUGGAGUUGGGAGUCUCCAUGUCUUCGGUUGAGGACACCGAGGCGGACGAAGGAGAUGUCGGAGAUGAAGGUCAGAGGUCGUCGGAGAAGAUUUCCAGAGGUGCGAUGGCCGAGCAUCAGUUCUCAGAUGCAGACGACUCAGAGGGUGGCGAGGAAGACGGCGACGAGGUGGAGGACGAAGACGACGAAGAGGACGACUACGAUGGCGACUCCACUCCAAAGACUCGUUCGCGCUCCACCAGCCCGCAGCCUUACGGCCUGCCCUCCAUGUCCAUCACGGCUGUGGCCGCCUCCCACCCCUCUCCUCACCUGUCUCAGCAUUCUGCGUCCGACCUCUUGGGAAACACCAACAAGCCUCCGCUGUUCGGCUACUUCACCACCGUGCCGAGCAUCCAGAUCACGCCGCAGGCUCCGCCCAGCGACCCGGCGGGGAGGGAGCGAUGUCAGGAGUACCAGCGAGGCCUGCAGAGGACGCCAGGUAGCAGGCUGCUGGUCCCACCCUCCUCCUCCUCCAUGGAUGAAGACCUCUCCGUCCCCUCCCCAGACCUCUCCUCCCCCUCCUCCCGCCUGUCCUCACCCGGGCUGGACCACUCCGGCUGCCCUUCCCCCAUCUCCCCUUCCUCCUCGCCCUCGGCCCGUCGGUACCUUUCCCCACGUCGCGACCUCUCGCCCCGUGCCGGACACCUCUCGCCCCGGCGGGACAUCUCCCCUCUGCGUCACAUCUCCCCCAAGAGAGACCUGGGGGCGGCGGGGGGAUACCGGCGAGACCUGUCCCCCAGGAGGGGGCACCUGUCGCUGCUCUCCCCUCUCUCUCGACCCACGUCUCCGGGAGGAAGAGACUACAAGAGAGACCUCUCACCACGAGGGCGCCACAGGGGGAUGAUCCGGCCUCUGUCUCCCCGCCGAGGGCUGCACCAACACCUCCACCACCAAAGCCAGCAGAGCGGAGCGAGGGGCUUGAGGCCGAGUCAUCAGACCGGGGCGAUGGGUCAGGGAGAGUUCGGCGCUCUGGGACGUCGCAGAACCAGCACAGAAAUGGAGACGGAACAUCGUCCAGGUUCACCGUCACCAGGGGAACAGGACCAGGCCAGUAGCCAUGGUAACCAGUCCAGCCCACCUCACCAAGUCCUGUUCAGUCACCUUCCUCUCCAUUCUCAACUCCAGGUGCGCUCUCCCUACCCGAUGAUCCCCAUCGGAGGGAUCCAAAUGGUACACUCCGUCCCCACGUCCGUCUCCACCCCUCUGGGCCAGCAGGGGGCGCAGCAGGCCGCGUCCCGCCUGGCGCUGCAGAAGAGCACGUCAGAGGAGUCGACCGCCAGCGAGGCCGCCUCCCCGCACUUCACCUCCUUCAUCGAGAGGGGAGGACGAGGGGAGUGGGGAGUGAGGGAGUCGUCAUCGUCGCCUCACCCCUCCUCGCAGGAGAGGGAGGCGGGGGGAGUGAGGCAGGAGCAGGAGGAGGGCAUCCAGACCUGCACCAAGGCCAUCGCCUCGCUCUGCAUCGACUCCGAGGAUCCUGCCGAGAGAGGAGGAGGAGGAGGAGGAGGAGGAGGAGGAGGAGGAGGCAGAGGGGAUGAGGGGAAAGAUGGAGGCCGAGCUCCGUCGUCCUCCUCCUCCCCCUCCGCUCUGUCCCCCGACUCCCAACAACAACAACCGCACCGCUCGCCAUCCAUCUCCAUGUCGCCGCCAUCUCCUCACCCCUCGCCAUCCCCCCCUGGGAUUCAGCACUUUAGCGGCCUGGAGCUCAGGCCUCCCCACCCCUCCAUGCCUUCCUCCCCUCACUCCUCCUCCUCCCCUUCUCCCGCCGCCUCCUCCUCUCCUCACCCUCCCAGCCCCGGAUCUGACACCCUCCAGCCUCCGACAGCACCCAGACCUCUCAAGCUGGAGAGAGACAGGGAGGCAGAAAGCACAAAGAGGAGCAAAGACGUGUCGUAGUGCAGCAGCAGAAGAAGAACGGGAGGAGAAACAAUGGAUUUCAGUUUUUUUGUUUUUGGAUAAUAGGAAGGGAUGAAGUGCAACAGAGAGAGAACAAUGACUUUUGCACACUUUACACACAUAUUUCUUCUAAUUCAGUUCAAACAUAAACACACACACUCUCUCUCUCACACACACACACAUACAAAGAAACAGCUCUUGUCAAAAAAAAGACUAAAACUGAGUUGGACUCCUGCAGCAUGCUGUACACAUGCCUGUUCUAACCGGGGCCUGCUAUCAGAGACUUUCUUAUUUAAAGACUUUACAGGAGGAUUUGCAUACGGUUACACAUGUACGGUAACUCCACCACCACCACAUGAGCCCGACCAAAACCUGCGAAAAACAAAAAAAACAAAAAAAACUAAAAAGGACUCUGGUUCUAAACGGUACGUCAAAACAAAAACAAACAACAGCAACAGAAAGCGGACAGCUACGUGUGUGCCUUUUCUUUCAUCUUUUUUUGUUUGUUUUUUUUGCUUAUAUUCUUAUAAGCAAACAAAGCAGGAAGGUAAAUGUAAAUACAAUACUACCACGUUUUGCGUAUCAGCUUUGUAAUAAAUGCAGUCCCACCCUCCUCCUCCUCUUCCUCCUCCCACCACCUGUGUUUCUUUCUUCUUCUUCUCCUUCUUUUUAUUUUUUUUUCUUCUGGACACCUUAAAAGUCUCGACAAGCGAUGUGAAGUUAUGGAUAUUACUAUUACGUACGGUUGCACUAAAACAUAUUUUUAUAUGAGUGAAAUUUAAAAAAUGGCUUUUUUUGUGUACAGCAGCAAUUCUAUAAUACUAUUUAUUAUUGUUACCAUGUUUCAUAAAUUGUACAUUUUUUCUUAAAUGUCGUGGAUGCCUUUUUCUAUGUAAAGCAUGGGUUUUUUGCUAUUGCUUACAUUAGGGCGAGGAUAUGUACACUGUAAUAUGGCUUUAUAUGUUAGACCUAUUUAUAUACGUCUAAGUGAGCGCCCUCUACUUGGAGGUAUAUACACAUAGAAGUAAGAUUUACCAGAAUAUUUACCCAGCAUAUGAAUACAUACAGUAUAUAGAAUCUAUCAACCUGUCUAUCUAUCUAUCUAUCUAUCUAUCUAUCUAUCUAUCUAUCUAUCUAUCUAUCUCUGCACUUAACAUUUAGAAUGACAUUCACAUUAAGGUUAUGGUAGUUUGCUUGUACAUUUUCUCUGCUGCUCUUUGCCUGUCCCUGGUUGUGAUUUCUCUUGUUUUUUACUUACUUAUUUUCGUGGUAUUAUUUCUUCUUGUUUUUUUUUUUUUGUUUGUUUGUUUGUUUUUGUUUUGUUUAGAUUUUUAUGAGGCACAGACUUGCCCUCAGCAUUAAGUGAAUGAACAUGCCUUCUUGCACCGUGGCAUUCUGCUCUAUUGUUGGUUUUAACUCCUCCUCCUCCUCCUCCACACACACCCCACCACCACCACCACCCUGCACUCCUCCCCAACACCAGCCGCCGACGGCGUUCAAGACGAACGUUAACGAUAAUUCACGGUAGCUCCACAUCCUGUCAAACGACUUUGCUUGAACAAACACAGUUUUAUUCAUCAGAUUUUUAAAUGGGGAAAACAUUCCAGUCUGUGUAAAUAUCCAGCCACCCCCCCACACACACACACCCUAAACACACACACAUACACAUACAUUUCUUUGGCAUUGAUGCACAUUGUGGCCAUGGCAAUCAACCCACUGAAGCUCUUAUUUAAUGGCUUUAUUUCCAGGGACACAUUAAAAGAAACCACAUACACCAAACUCUCUGACAAAUGCACCUUAUAUCUCUGAUAGUCCCAGCACUCUGCUCCGUUUCUUUGCAGCAAACUUUGAUUGAAAUGGAAGUGUUAAGGUGGGGAGUUGCUCUGCGCUCUGAACCCUCAAACUGUCUGGAAAAUAAUAAUAAUGAUAAUAAUAAUAAUACAUUUAACAGUUGUGACAUUGAGGCUUUCUGCACUGCAUUUUCUGACCCCUCUGUGAUCUCCUCCUCUCCUUGAUAUCCCUUUUGUAGCUAAGCAAUAUUUAGCCAAAACUCUGCUCACCAGCAGGGAGUGUAUUUGUUGCAAGGCAACAACAGCGUACUUAAAAAUCCUAAAAUCAGGAGAAGAAGGGAGCAGGCGGGGGUUGUGGUGAUUUCAGUGACACAACUCUUUUUCUCUUUUUGACAGUUUUGGGUGGAGUCGGGCAGGCUGCAAUGUUGAGUGUGUAUCUCUGUACUCUGUAUCGGUGUGUAUUCGACCAGUAUAUCCUCUUCUUACGACUUUUUUCUAUUUCGAUCCUCCCUCUGUUAUGUACACUUAUCAUGACGACGAUGAUGUCUUUAAAAAAAUCUUUCUCUCUUUCAAAAAUAUCAAAGCACAAGUCAUUGUAUAGAAAUGACAACAAUACAAAAAAAAAGGACAAAAAAAAGGUAAACGUGCAUAUAAAAGGGUAACUUUUGUGAUGGUGUUCCGUGGAAUUAAUACAAAUAUCAUGUAUGACCCCAGUUGCAACGAGGAAUCGCAGUAGAAGUGGAAAAAAAUGGAUUGUUGUUUUCAAAUAAAUAUGAAUACAGUA